AUGCAAGAAAUAGAAGCAAAGAAGCAAUUAAAGGCAAGCGAAGGAGCUCACUUUUUUUACACUUUGAUAUUCCUUUCAGCCUCUGGAAUAAUAGAGACUUAAUUUAUUGAACAGAAAUGCAAUCAGAAUUUGCAAUUGUUUGUUCAUUUAGUAUUCUAUGGAUUGAUCAUCUGGGGUACUUAUAUAUUGAUCACAUUAAUACCACGAUAUAAAAAUGCUGCAAUCAACUUGUUUUUCAAUUUUCUUGAUAUUUGUUUUGGGAUAUACAUAGCAUUAUUAUUGUUUUAUGGAGGACGUAUGUAUAUGGCACCAAACGAUUGCCAAUCCGAAGCUCCUGCUUUAUACUUCUUCUUGGAGACAUUUUUGUUGGUUAACGGCAUCAUAUUUGCUAUAUUGUUUUUAGCAUUUGUGUCGUAUGUGUUAAAGAGAUUUUCGAAAUCAUAAUAAGUUUAUGAGGAAGGGAAAGAUGAAUUUUAUGAUGCAUGA